CCAGUGUGCUGAAUCUGCCGGCCUGCAGAAAGGAAUUUGAACCCUGUACAUGAGGAGGAUUUCUUGUCUUGUCCAGCAGGGAAAUUGAAUUGCUUGUUUUUACUUCAAACAGCUAUGACUUACAGACUUUUUGAAGGUAAGGACCAUGCUGCUUCCUACUGGAAGUACAGGAUCUCUCCAUCAAAUCAUUUAAUCAAGGAAGUUCUGGACUUUCUGGAAAGGCAUGGAAGUCGUCCCUUUGAGCUGGCUUUGGAUGUGGGUUGUGGCUCUGGUCAGGGCACACAGCUCCUGUCUAAACACUUUACUUCAGUUGUGGGGACAGACGUGAGUCCUGCUCAGUUGGAGGUGGCUCUCCAGCAAGCUACAGAGCCAAACAUCACAUACAGACAAUGUGCGGCCGAGGAGCUGCCCUUUGCUGACAGCUCAGUGGACCUGGUGACGGCCAUGUCUGCCUUUCACUGGUUUGACAGGCCACGGUUUCUGAGUGAGGCCCACAGGGUCCUGAAGCCCCAAGGCUGCUUGGCUCUGCUCAACUACACAAUUGAGAUGGAGCUCAGCUACCAGGACUGCUGCAAACACACACUAAACCAAGUUUGCAAAGAGUUUUAUGCAGCCUUACAACCUUACAGAAGUCCCCAUCUUGGUCAAAGCUCUAUUGAGCUCUAUAAGGAGGCAUAUGGAUCUAUCUCUUAUCCAAACAAGGAGUGGCAUGAGUGCUUUUGGGACAGGAGGGUUAUGCCAUUAUCCAGCUACAUUGGAUUGGUGGAAUCCUUCUCCAGUUAUCAGGCUCUUCUGAGGGAUGACCCACAGAGGGCUAACAGGCUCUCCCAGGAUAUAUGUGAUAGGCUGAUGUCUGUAAUGAAAGUGACCUCAGCAGAGACAGAAGUGACGGUGGCUGUCAAGUAUUUCUACCUUCUAGCCUCCAAACCUCAAGAAACCUGACUUUUGAUGACUCUGAACUUUUUAAAAUACCGUAAAAAAGGUCACAUCAAUUUUUACAUCUCAAUUAUUCUUGGUGAAAAGAAAGAAUCUCAACAUUAUAUUCUAAGAUUUUUUGGACAUUUUGGGAAAUUUUAAUAUUGAAUUUUUGGCUUAAAUUAACAUAUAUUGGGGAAUGUUU